AUGAUGAUGAUGAAGUUAACGGAAAACGACCGCAAAAUGAUCCAUCAACACAUAAACUAUAUCCCUAGGGAUGUUUCACACUAUUCACGUGCAAAAUCAGAAAAGCAAUAUCUUACUCUUGAUUUAAAUAUUCAUAGACUUUUUAAAGCAUUUUUGAUGAAAAAUAAAGAAUCUUCUGUAAGUUAUAAGUUUUAUAGAAGUGUGUUUAAGAGGGAUUUCCCGAAUCUAAGCUUUCAUCGUCCUAGAGUCGAUACAUGCCAUACCUGCGAUAGGUUAAAUAGUGAGGCAAAGCAAAUUUCUAGUGCCGGCCGCAGUGCGACACAACAACUCGACCUUCGCCACCGAAAAGUGCAACAAUCUCUGGAAUAUAUGAAGAAUCAAACCGCAAAUUCACAACUACCUGGUAGUGAAAAAUGCUGCAUUACAUUUGAUCUGCAACAAGUAUUAUUUGUUCCUACGCUGACUCAUUCAGAUAUGUUUUAUCUGUCUCAGCUCUCUUGUUACAACCUGGGGAUACACUUGUCGGACUGUAACCAUGCUUUUAUGUGUAUGUGGCAUGAAGGUGUUAGUGGACGUGGCGGUAAUGAAGUGGCAUCUACCCUUCUUAAACUUUUAAAUUCUGGUGUCACACAAAAAAAGCAUUUGCUACUGUGGAGUGACAACUGUGCGGGACAAAACAAGAACAGAAUGGUGAUAUUUAUUUUAGUGUUCCUGGCUCUUCAUGAAGUUUUUGAGACAAUAGAGUAUAACUUUUUAAUAAGUGGUCAUAGCUUUAUGUCUUGUGACCGAAACUUCGCUCUCAUUGAAAAAAGAAAGCGUGUUAUGAAGGCCAUGGUGCCAAAUGAUUUACAUCAUGUAAUAACUUCCGCAAAAUAUGAUCCGCCAUUCGAAGUUAUUGACAUGUCUGUAAACGGAUUUUGGGAUAUAAAGGAAGCUGCUGACACAUUUCUUAACACUAAAACCUUAAAUAUCAGUAAGGCAGUAACAAUAAAGAUUAAUCAUAAAAAUCCAACAGUGCUUCAUAUAAAAGAAACUUUCUCCGAAAUAGAAGCCUGGAAGAAAACCAAUAUAUUGAAAAAAGGAAAAACCAUUGAAGAUUUAAAAUAUGCCGAAAUAAAACUUUUACCCCCUGUGAAUAAGAUUACCGAGAAUAAAAAAAAAUCCUGA